UAAUGUUAAAACCACAUCAAGUGUUACUGCAUGAGUUUGCUGAACUGAUAUUGAAUCAGAGAGUGGAGUAGAAACCAUCGAGUUUGAGAUAUUCAAAUGUGUUAAAUUUAUGGUAGAUAAAAGGGAUAUGGGUGCCUGAGACUUAAGAAUUAAGAUUACAGAUGAAUUUCUACAUUUAGAAAUGGAAUACUAAGAUUCUAGUUGAAGUUUGGGUCUUAGAAGUAAUCAUAACAAGCGAGUAAUAGAACAACACUAAAAAGAUAAUUUAAGAUGAGUGAUUA